AUCGCCGCAGGUUGUCAUGAGUCGAGCGCUGGCGGCACUUCGGAGUCGCGGACUCCUGGCUGGACUGACCCAUGAACACGCAACGUCCGUGCUGGAUGCGGCAGUGGCCAAGCAUCAAGCCAACCCUUCGUCGGUGAAAGCAGUUGGUGUGUAUUGCGGCUUUGACCCCACGGCGUCGUCGUUGCACGUGGGCAACUUGGUGACUGUCAUGGCACUGCGCCACUUUCAGCUGGCCGGAGUUAAGCCUAUCUUGCUGGUCGGUGGCGCCACGGGCAUGAUUGGCGACCCGAGCAUGCGGUCCGACGAGCGCGUCAUGUUGACCGCGGACGCGGUCGCCGCGAACGCGCGCCACUUGGUCGACAGUUUGAAAAACGUGCUCGACUUUGACUGCCCCAAGGUCGGCGCGGAAGUGGCCAACAAUAUGACAUGGCACGGGCACAUGUCAGUGAUCGACUGGAUGCGCGAGUGCGGGGCGUUCGCCCGGGUCAACGCCAUGCUUGCGCGGGACAGCGUCAAGCGGCGCCUCGACGCUGAAUCCGGCUUGAGCUUCCUCGAGUUUUCGUACCAGUUGUUCCAGGCAUUUGACUUUGUCCACUUGCGGCGGCACCACAAUGUGCUCGUGCAGGUCGGAGGGAGCGACCAGUGGGGCAACAUCGUGUCUGGCUGCGAUCUCGUUCGAAAGACCGACGGGCACGAAGUGUACGGGGUCACCGUGCCCCUCCUGACGACUGCAAACGGCGACAAGUUUGGCAAAUCUGCCGGCAACGCCGUCUGGCUGGACGCUGCCAAGACAUCCGUGUAUGACUUUUACCAGUUUUUCAUCCGUACGGACGACGCCGACGUUGGGACGUUGCUGAAAACGUUUACAUUACUCGAUAUGGACGAGAUUGACACGAUUGUGGCCACCCAUUCUGCCGCCCCAGAGAAACGCCACGCCCAGCAAAUCCUCGCCGAACAUACGACGAGGAUGAUCCAUGGAGAAGUCGCGCUGAAAGCUGCGCAGGUGGCCGCCAAAGUGCUUUUUGGCGGGUCACUGGACGGGGUGGAUGCCGUCGACAUCUUGGCCAUCGAUGCCCCACGGUUGCAAUCUCAACAUAUAUAUAUAUAUAUAUUGCCAAAAGAUUAAAAUAACUGAUAGGUCGAGUUUGGCGUUGGAGCUUGUCCGAGGCAAGCGAGUGGUGGACGUGCUGGCUUUGAUUCGUGCAGUGCCAACCAAAGCGGAAGGCCGACGACUGAUCAAAGCCGGCGGCGUGUACAUCAACAACGUCCGCGUCGACUCGGACGCUGCCGUCAUCGAAGCGAGCCAAGUGAUCGAGGGCAGGGCGGUGCUUGUGCGCGUGGGAAAGCGCAACUACCACGUGCUGCACAUCUCGGAUGCUGUCUACUGUAGUUAGUGUACUGUACAAUGUUUAAGCCCAAACCAUGAAUCACGUGAAGAGUGUGAAUAUGUACGAG